UGAUCCUGCUGCUCAUCACCAUGAUCUCCUGUGUCUGUGCAGGAACAUUAGUUGUGAAAGUGAAACAGACCAACUAUCAGGCAGAGGAGGACGACAACAUCACUCUGGAAUGGACGUUCACACCCAGAAGAGACAGAUCCCCCAACCUACUUAUGAUCACGUGUGACCGGUCAACAAACAAAAGAGGCCCUACAGUGUUACAUCUAGAGGACGGUUUUGAGGUCUCAGAGCUUCAGGAUGAACAGUUUUCAGGACGAGUCAAGUGGGACAGAGACGUCCUCAGAGAAGGACGACUCAGACUUCAUGUGUCCAGACUCAGGACUGAAGACUCAGGCCGGUACAAGUGUCUGGUGCAGACAAGAUAUGGCCAGAGUGAUGACCAAUGCUGGCUCAAUGUCACUGCCACUGUUGCUCAGGAACAACAUACGACUCCAACUGUGAGUCCAGAGCCACAGGGUGAGGAAAGGUUCUACAUCUUACUUGGUGCACUUGUAAUGUCAGCAGGAAUCAUAAUAUUAGGGAUGGCAGCAGCAGCAGGAAGGAAAGUGGCUAAUGUAGUGAUAAGAGUAAUAGUAGUGAUAGCAGCAGUAGUAGUGAUAGUAAUAGUAUAUUCAAUAGCUGUAGCAACAGCGACUGCACCAGAAGCAGCAGUAUUAGGAUUGUUGUUGGGAGGAUCGAUAAUAUUAUCAGUGUUUGCAGCUCUGUCAGCUCCCUGGCUCCUCAUCUACUCUGGCUCCUGUCACUCAAAUUCAGAGAGCAGGUCUGACAGCAUCAGCAGAUACAGAAGGUCACAAAAUGACAACUCUUACUAUAUACAAUAUUUUUGAUAUUUUCAAUGUGGCUGAUGUUUUUUCUUCUCUCUCGAAGAUUAAAAAAACAUUUAGACCAUCAUGUGUUUUGGUGAUUUGCAAACAAAUCUACAGAAGCACUGGUGGUUGAUCUAAUAUCUGAACGGACAAACAUUUGACAGAUUCUUAGAACAUUUACGUCAGUGUCUCAGGUUGAAAUUCCAUAAGCAGAUAAGAUUUCCUGUACAAACAGGAGAAAGAAUGAAACAGACGGCCGGAGCUUCUGUCCAGUGUCUGAUUAUUUUUUCAAAAUAUAUCUCGACAUCUCUCUUUAUACUUCAGGUAAAAUAAAACACAAA